AUGGAAAUUGUCAUAGACCUUCCCAAUGGUAUUUUAUGGCAAGGACAAGGUCCCAUGUUACGUAUAAUUGAGACAAUACAUGUAUCAAACAGUUCUAAAAAGGGCCGUACUGUCAGCCCUACUAAAAAUGAAGUAUGGUUAAAGGUAAAACAACAGUUCCCUACAUUGUGGUCUCAAGGGCCCACAGACUGCUGGAAGCUACAGGAAGCAGUUUUGGUAGGUAGUGAUGAAAAUUUUAUUCCACUGUUUCAAAAACAGUAUCAGAUCCCAAAGGAAGCAGAGACAGACAUGCAAAAUUGUAUACAACGAUGGCUUAAUGUGGGAAUAAUUCAAAAGGAAGAUAGCCCUACAAAUUCACCCAUAUGGCCAAUUAAAAAGAAAGAUGGCACUUGCCGAUUGGUUAUUGAUUUACGAAAAGUGAACCAAUUCACUACUCCAGGGGCUCAUAUAAUUCCAGGGGUCCCAGAGCAAGCAGCAAGAAUAAAACCACAAAGUCAGUGGUUUACGGUCAUAGACUUAUCUAAUGGUUUCUUUGCAGUACCACUGCAGGAAAAAGAUUGGCAAAGGUUUGCCUUUACAUUUCAAAAUAAACAGUAUGUCAUGACGCAGUUACCGCAGGGAUUUCAAAACAGUCCGAAGCAUCCAGAACAGUUCCUUACAGCUGCUCCCGUGCCUUUCACAUCUCUUGAAAAGGCGCUAAUACCAAGUUCACUAGGGCGAAGGGUUCCAGAGACCUUUGAGGAUGUUGCUGUCACUUUUUCAGAGGAAGAAUGGAAGUUGUUAAGAAAACAAGACAAGGACCUUCACAGGGAGGUUAUGGUUCAGAACUAUGAAACCUUGGUUUCAGUAGGAUACAAAAUCCCCCCUGAGAAAUUGUUAUUGCUACUUAAAGCAGAUAAUGGUGUUGAGCUGCCAGGUGAAGAUGUGGAGAAAAACACCCUGGAGCAGAAUGAAAAUCUUGAAUCUAAGCUCAGUAGUAUCAGAAUGGUAGAGUGCAGUGUGAGUUUAAGCCAGCGGCCAUCACUUGGGACACCUUAUUUACCUUAUCCUACAGACAGCCUGCAGCAGUGUGUGAAGGCCUAUAACAUACUUCAUCCCACUCCUGUAUUAAAACACCACUCGGGACACAACUGUAACAAGAGCUUUGAAGCACCCCCAUUACGUCACCCGAAAGAGAACCUACAGCACUGUGUUCAGCCUGUGAAGGGCUCCAACAGGCUUCAUCUCCCUCCACUACAACACCCUCAGUCUGCUCCUAACUACAGCAAGAAGUUGAAAUGUGACAAUGGAACACCUCUGUUACACCAUCCAACAGAGAACCAGCCCGUGAAGAGCUCUGACAGAUUUCCUCUCCCUUCUGUACCACUGCUUUACUCAGAAAACAAGCAGAGUAAGACCUUGAAAUGCACCACAAGUUUUACCGAUCCGCAAAGUUUAGUAACAUAUCAGAAAUCUUACACCAAGAGCAAACCAUAUAAAUGUGAAGAAUGCAGUAUGUGUUUUACACAGCAAAGUAAUCUGUUAUACCAUAAUCUGUUAUACCAUCAGGUGGUACAAAGUAAGUCUUUUCCAACUCAGCAAAGCCUAACACAUCACCAGAAAAUUCACAGCGAUGAACAAAAUAAAUGCGGUAAGAGUUUUUCACAUCAGCUACGCCUAGAAUGCCAUCAGGCCUCUGACACAGAGAAGGAUCAGUACCCGUGUGGUGACUGCGGCAAGUGUUUCACUAGUAAAGCAGGACUAGCAUAUCAUCAGGCCACUCACUCUGGGCAGAAACCAUUUCAGUGUACUGAAUGCUCUAAGUGUUUUGCACGUAAAAUUAAUUUAAUACUUCAUCAAUUCAUUCACACCGGCAAAAAGCCUUAUAAAUGUGAUGAAUGCAGCAAGUGUUAUUUUCGCAAAAGCAAUUUACUAGUUCACCAAAAGACUCACACAGGGGUGAAACCAUAUAAAUGUACUGUUUGUAGUAAGAGCUUUAUAAUGCAAUAUCUACUUACAAACCACCAACGUAUUCACACGGGGGAGAAACCAUAUAAAUGUAGUGAAUGUAGUAAGUCUUUCUCACGGAGGACAUGUUUGAAAAGCCAUCAAACCACUCACACAAGGGAGAAGCCAUAUAAGUGCACUGAAUGCAAUAAAUGUUUUACACGUAGUAGUAACCUGAAGCGCCAUCGGGCCAGUCACACAAGUAUGAAUCCAUCAGGCCAGUGAGACAAGUAUGAAUCCAUCAGGCCAGUCACACAAGUAUGAAUGGAGAGAUGCUAAAUCAGCAAACAAAGGAGAGUAGAAUUGCUGGAAUUCAUCCUCAAGUCUUGGUGAGUACCUUCAUGAGGUGGACCCUGUUUUUUUACAAAAUCGUACCAAGAUAACACAUAUAUAGACAAUAUUUUAUAUUACAUAUGUCAUGGACAGAAAUAGGUUACAAAAUAAAAACAUAGCUGGGUGCACAAGCCCCAGGAUAAAAAAAGUGCCCAGUCCUUGUAGGUGCACUGGUGCCAGGACUGGAAAAAAUGACGUAAAAUCGUCUGACACUGAAGCAUUCCUACAAUAAGGCUAGGCUAGGCCCAGGGGGAGGAUGCCCUCCCCUGCUGUUGAAAGAAGUAGCAGUCCACAAAAAUCACAUAA